AUGGAGAACCAAGCACCUCGAGACCACGCAACGUCAAACGUACUGGCGUGGACUGCCACACAUUCCGCAAAUGUGGAGCCGUCAGUGGAGGAGGAUGCGGGUGCUGACGCCGACGAGCCACCGGAUAAUAUAGCAUCCACGUCCAUAUCGAAACACUUUCAGCGCACGCCUAUCCGCCGAAGCAGCGAGCAACACGAGUCUCUCUUGACCAAAGCUCUACAAGUUCAGUCGGAUGACGAAGCCAACGAUUCGGGAUCUGUCCGCCGCCCUACGCGACGACGCUCUAUCACAAGCACCACCAGUCUGGCUUCGACUGUUGAACUUACUUGCGGCACUGGCAUCACUACGCCUGCUCGCACAAGCUCUCCGAGUCCACGACUAUGCAGCACCGGGUUCAUUCCCCUUGAUGCUGCCACGGUCGGCGGAGCCAAGGAUCCCGCGGUCCAUGCUUUGGAGAAGAAGCGCUGCAUUUCCUUCGCUUGUGCUGCGAAGCCGAGCUCUAACGACAAGCCAUCAAAGGGACCGGUCUUCAAGGCUGUACGGGAUAAUGUGGGAAUGGAAGAAACGCCGAAGAAGAUAUGUAUCAAGUUUGCUUGUCCGCCACAACCUACCAGAGUGACGGACACACAGAAACGGGAGCUCCCUAGGCCGCUGACACCAGUCCCGAGGUUUUUGCCGAGCACCCCAAAGGGCUCACCUGCCCUUGAGAAACGGCGGUCUUCGUCAACCGUCCGUGCUCUUCGCACGUUGACCCCUCGAAAGUCACCCAGCAGCCCGGUCACGACUCGGAAGAAGUGGAUAACGGCAGAGCCCCAUGAUCUGAAGAGUGAGUGCGUGCGGUUCCACGAGUUUGCAAGCGACGAACCACAGGAAGACGACUGGAUACGGCGUGAUGAUACAUGCCCGAAGCCCAAACUCACAAUCAAUGAUACGCUCAAGAAGGAGAACGCCAUUCGGAAGCUGGGUAAGGAAGCUGAGGAAGAGGCAGAUUUCGAGGAAGAAGUUGAGGAUGAGGAGGGAGAGGAGGAGGUGGAAGAAGAAUACCUGAUUGACGAUGAAGACGCUGACGACGCCGAUGAUGACGACUUGGAUGCCGACGAUGGGGGUGAUUCCGAUGACGCUGCCGAUGGCGAGGAGACCGUGGAGGGCUUAACCGACGAUGCCGAUACUGAGGAGAGAUGGGACGAGGGAGCUUCUGAUGGAUACAAGACGGAUAAUGAAACUGGAUUCGCCGAGUCCGACGAUGAGGACGACGGCUUGGUAUUGUGGACGGCCCGUGUCGGUUACUACCAGUCGCUGUCCGGUGCGGCAUCCGGCUCUCGCAAGUUGUCGCCAGGCGAGAAUUCGGAUUCCUCUGCUUACUCUAACCGAGAUGCCGGCCGCUCCCGCAGGAAGAAGCGCUCGAGAACCCCUGCCAUAGAUUUCCGACCACCUACUCCCGAGCUGCCCGAUAGCACUGAUUUUGUCUGCGGCACCUUGGACGAGGACAAGCCCUUGGAAGAGGCAUACAUCUCGUGCGUUGAGGCCCGGAAGCGAGACAAUCAGCUGCUCAUCCCCCAGGAUAUCGAUCCCAGCUUUCCUACAUCCGAACCAGAAGAAGAGGCCGAAGAGCUGUACCGGAAGGGCUACGCCGAGAGCGAAGAUAAUCUCUGGCUUCACGGCGAGCUUGAGGAUCUUCAUCACGAGCGUGAUCGCAGGGGCCGCAAGAAGGGAAAUGUGCCGUCUCCAAAGCGAUGCCGUUCGCCACCUCCGAAGCGGCGCCCCUCGCCUGCGCCGAAAGUGCGGGGUCGCUCCCCUCGGAAGCUUCUUGAUCAGCAUUCCCCCCGCAGGCUGCGGUCUCCAGCACCACUUACCAUGGGAUCUAAGUCCCCUGUCGCCUCGCCAAUGCAAGAAAGCGAGGGCAUCGCUUUCAAAUGCCUGGGGUUCCAGCCUGACUUGACUCAAACAAAGUCACUGCCUAGAGCGCCCGGCAUGUUUCCGCAUCUCAAGGCGCGUAAACCGAGGACGGGCGUUACCAGCAAGGAGACGCACAUCAGAGGUGCGAUUGACAUCGUCAAGGGGCUCGAACAGAAACGCCAGCGACGCAAGGAAAAGUUCUAUCAAAAGUACUACAACCGCGCGCGCAAGGAAAAGGCGCAGGUCAGACGCCCACCUCCCGGGCAAGGCGCAGAGCGCAUGAGGGAGUUGGGCUUGUUCAUGGCAGGCAAGGCCGGCGGCCAUGUCUACGACGUGCUGGCGUCUCUCGGCCUGCUGAACAAGCAUGCCAAGCUGCUUUUCCUGGGUCUCGACAACGCUGGAAAGACGACGCUGCUACACAUGCUCAAGAAUGACCGAGUUGCGAUCCUGCAGCCAACACUGCAUCCGACUUCGGAAGAGCUGGCGAUUGGCAAUGUGAGGUUUACUACUUUUGAUCUGGGCGGUCAUCAACAAGCCCGCCGUCUCUGGAAAGACUACUUCCCCGAAGUCAACGGCGUUGUCUUCCUGGUCGACGCCAAGGACUACGAGCGAUUUGCCGAGGCAAAGGCCGAGCUUGAUGCGCUGUUGUCGAUGGAGGAGCUGGCCAAGGUACCGUUCGUCAUCCUCGGCAACAAGAUCGACCACCCGGAUGCCGUGUCGGAGGACGAGCUCCGCCACCAGCUUGGCAUGUAUCAGACCACGGGCAAGGGCAAGGUGCCACUCGAGGGAAUCCGGCCCAUUGAGGUUUUCAUGUGCUCGGUGGUCAUGAGGCAGGGGUAUGGUGACGCUAUCCGGUGGCUGUCCCAGUACGUGUAG